GGAAGCUCUUUAACUUGCUGUUGUUUGUGUCCGCCGAAAGCUGGUAGUGCCGCGCCUAAGGCCGAUGCCAACGUUCUGCUAGUUGUGUUAGGUACAGCUUUGUAUACCUGAACUGCGGGAGCCUGCCUGUGCCUUGGUUCUCACCUUUCACGCUUCAGCUUUCCAGGUGGCUUAGUCAUGGAUGAAACUGUUGCCGAGUAUAUCCGAUCAAUUGUACAAAAAAUCCCACGAAAAGAAAUCAAGACAAUGCUACAGAAAUGGGGCUUUCUGUCGGAGGAGCAGCUGCAAGCCAUAGACUUCGGUCAGAUAAAGGAGAACAUCGCUUGCGAUGUUUUCCAGCUGUGUGAGGGAAUACCUGGAAACAUAAAGGAAGCAGCUGUCCUAGACAUGAUUUCUAGCUCUUGUAAACACAAGUCUUGUUUCUUCUUUUCUUUUUCUUGUGUAACAGAGAAAGAAAUCGUGUAUUUUGACAUAAGAGAUUUCAAAAAAAAAUUUAAAAGAAAACUUCGUUCAGCCUUGGGAAAUGUCACCAUCAACUUUAGAGAAUAUGAGGAUAAUGAAAUCUGGAUUAGGAUUGCCUGGGGAACACUGUAUAGGGAGCCAAACCAAUACAGAGCCAGCUAUGUUGUAUACUGUUCAUGCACUCCUUAUGUCUUUAUUUCUCUCUCAAAAUAUAGGAGCAACUUGCCUCUGCUCUGUCAGGCCCUGCUUGCUGCUUCCAAUUCUUAUGACAUCUGUGCAAUGGAUCUUCAAGGUCACUGUUUAAACUCCCUUAAAGAUAUUGUGCAUGCGAGAUCUAACCAGAACUUCCAAACUUCUUAUUCUGAACCUCUAAAGGAACACAGUGUAGAACCAGAAACUGGGACAGUUGAAGAAAACAGAAAAACUAAUGAAAAAAAACGGAGAAUGAAUCAACAGGUUUUUGGUGAUGGUCCCCUACCGAAACUUGAAUAUGCACAAUAUAAGCUUCAGACGAUGUUUAGAAGUGAUCCUAAACACAGUAUUUCGUAUCAAAAGGAACAAUUCAGAUGUCUGGUGAAGCUUUCUAGCCCAGAUCUCUUAGAAGCACUGAAAUCGAUGGCAGCAACGAGUAUGGUUGAUGCACCAGUUUCACCACUGCUUAGCUGUCUACCACACAGACCUAGGAAUCAUUUUAGGAUUAAAGAUAAAACUGAUUAAUUUCUAGAAGGCUUUCUAAGUCCCUAAUUUAAGCCUGGUUCACAGAGGAAUGUACAAUUCAUUUAUUACUGGUAUUAAUCUAAACGACUGUAAAUUUUAAGGCAUGGUUUUAAAAAUAACUUGUAUUUUUUUAAUAUUUUUUCCUGACUAUUGCUUCUCUGAAUCAGUUUUCCACAUUUGUCUUUCAGCAGAAGGGUUAGCCCUUUCCUUAAUUAACCAGGAAAAAAAAAAUAGCUGUGAAAUUUAAACAGAUUGUGGGCUCUUGGCAUGUAGGUGGCAAUAAGAGGUUUCUGUUCAUCUUGAGUUGAUGUUAAUGCAGAGGUUUUGCUCACUGAAGGCCACAGCCUGUAACAAAUACUGGAAAU